UGCAAAUGACGUUGCGUACCGCUGGAAACUUCCCCAGAAAUUAAUCAGCCGUCUUCGUCGUCGGCAUACCGUACCCAUCACGCACCGCACGCACGCAUUUCUUUUUCGCCCUCCACCACCAAAACAAAUCCCCGUGUCCAACUGUCGCCGCUGCUCUUCUUCUGUCUGUGGCUUUGCCAUUUUCAAAUCUACGACCUUCUAUACUCACGACACUUCGUCUGCGGCAUGACGUCGUCAUAGCGCCGCUCCCCGAUCCUUCCUGACCUCAUCCUGCAUAUUCGGCUAUCUGCCGUCGUCAAGACAUGCCGACAGCCUACGCCAAUCCCCCUCCCAUGACAGACAUCGCUGGCGAUUCUUCGCAGCAGCAGCGCGCUGCUGGCGCCAGCACAUUAAGAACAGCGACAGAAAACUCAACUGCCUCACCGAAAGACGACUCCAAGCGGUCCCGUAAAUCCACGCGAUCAUGGGAUUACGUAUGGCGAUCUGGAGUGGCGGGUGGUGUAGCAGGCUGUGCAGCCAAGACGUUUGUCGCGCCGCUUGACAGAGUCAAGAUCCUCUUCCAGACCCGAAACCCCCAAUUCGCCAAAUACACAGGCUCGACGUUUGGCGUGCUCACCGCAAUGAAGGACAUAUAUCACUACGAAGGCGGCCGUGGCCUAUUCCGCGGCCACUCGGCCACUCUACUCCGUGUCUUCCCGUACGCCGGCAUCAAGUUCCUGGCGUACGAGCAGAUCCGCGCCUACAUUAUUCCCAACAAAGACUACGAAACACCCUUCCGACGACUCAUCAGCGGCAGUUUGGCCGGUGUUACAUCUGUCUUCUUCACAUAUCCGCUAGAAGUUGUCCGUGUGCGCCUGGCGUUUGAGACGAAGCGUGACGGCCGCUCAUCGCUCGUGGAAACCUGCCGCAAGAUUUACCACGAGCAGCCGGUUACCAGACCCGUUGCGUCGCCGACAGCGAGCUCCGGAGGCGUAGCGGCGGCCGUAGAUGGCGCAGCUGCUGCAAUGGAAGCUGUGACGCCGCGCACUGGGCUCUCCAACUUUUACCGUGGCUUUGCGCCAACGAUUCUCGGCAUGCUACCCUACGCCGGCAUGUCUUUCCUCACACACGACACUGCUACCGAUCUGCUGCGACACCCCUCGAUAGCGCAAUACACAACACUGCCGAAAAAGAGCAACCAUCCCGACGGAAAACCGGCGCCGCUGCAGUCGUGGGCGGAGCUUGCUGCUGGUGGUAUUGCCGGUCUCAUCUCACAGACGUCAUCGUACCCGCUGGAGGUCAUUCGUCGACGUAUGCAAGUUGGAGGUGCUGUUGGUGAUGGUCACAGGCUCCGCAUUGGUGAGACGGCGAGCAUGAUCUUCCGCGAGGGAGGCUUCCGCGGCUUCUUCGUCGGAUUGACCAUUGGCUACGUCAAGGUGAUUCCACUGGCGGCUGUAAGCUUCUACACAUACGAGCGCAUGAAGCUUGUGUUCGGUAUUUAAGAAAAAGAAGAAGAAGGAGAAGAAGACAAAAGGAGCGGGUGUGUGUGGUGAACAUGGACAUAGACAACCACACAAGCUGGCUCUAUUGGGUUUCAGUGGCAGGCGGCGGGUAUUUUACGGCGUUUAUUGGCAUUUUUGGUUUCAGCAUUGUAUUAGCGAGGGACAUUGAUUGGAUAUAGAAAUUUACAUAGACCUGUUAUAUACUCUAUGACUAGACAGUCCAACUAUACUCUUGUUCAGCGUUGAUGGCUUCACGUUUGUCGC